ACAGGCCCUCCAGAUGUAUACCAGCCCUGUGAGCCCAGCCUACAGGCCUGGAGUCCAGAGCUCAGCCUGUAUGAUGCAAACGUGACGUCUCCCUGCCCUGAAACCGAGGGCUGCGUCCUGAUGCUGCGCUUCCUCCACCCUGUGGUCCCUGACAGCCUCACUGUGUGGGUCACCUACAUCUCAGCCGGUGGGUCCUGGGUUCAUUUUAGUGGUCUCCAACAGUGUACAUUUAGCAUUGCUGAAACUCUCCACAAUACAAGCCACACGUUGUGUCUACCUGAAUGAUAAUGCUUUCGCUGUUCAUCUGAGCAGGUAAUGUGAAGUUAUACCAAGUAUUUGUCCUAGGUAUUUAUGAAUAAAUAAAGGGCCAAGCAUGUGCACUACUCUGGAACUGCUUGAUUAUACAGCUGAUGAUUAUCCACCAUGUUGUCUCUACAGAUAACCAGGUGAUCGCCAACAUCGAGCUAAUAACAGACACAGGCGAGUCUCUAGAUAUGGGUCCACAGCACGUCUUCUGUGAUGUGCCCCUCACCCUACAUGUGCACACCGAAAAAAGGGUGGCAGCUGUCAAACUGAGCACCUUUGAUGAGAAGAUGGAGAUUGAUGCUAUCCUGCUUACUUCUGGCACCCAUAAUCCUCUCUGCUCCAGUUGCCAGCCUCUGAUCUACCGAGUUGUCCGGCAACCACCGUUUUCAGGCGAUUUGGUCCAGCAAACUCUACUUACAUUUACAGACAGGUACAGUAAGAUUGACACUGACAGAUAUAUGUAGCCGCACACUCUGGAAUUCGGCAAAUACUUUGACCUUAGUCUGGAAAGUUCUCCUGUGAUGUAUUGUUUUGAGGUCAUGUACCACUGCUCCAAGAAGUGGACCUAAGAAUACACACACACACAAAAAAAAACACGAUCAAAGUAUAAUUUAUAGUAUGUCACUUACAAAGACCAUACAAUGCAAUCGUCUGUUGCCCCAGAAGCUAAGAUAUUCAUCAUUCUCAAGUGUUUUGGUCUGGUACAGUUUUCGCAACACAGAACCAAAUGUAUUCAACAUGCUUCUUAGCACUAGCUACUGAUCCAAAUCAACAUCAAGGGCCUUAUUCAAUAAAACGUUUUCAGAGGAUUCCGGCGUAUGUCAAACCAUUUUAAUCCCACAUGGUGAGAAAAGGUGUUAAAUUGAUUAUCUGCAUCCAGCUUUGCAUUACACAUAACAGAAGUCAGUCCCCUAACCAUUUCCCACCUUAUAAUUUUUUUACAUUCUGUUCUAGCUUACUUUUAGUCAUUAGAGUCAGCUUGUAUUCGGUAUUAGUGUCAUACACAAUUUUUUGUGAAUGAUGUUAUAAUUUUCCACAAACACUUUCUGGGAUGUUGUUGCUUUUCAAGCACUUGCAGAAGUAGGUGGAUGUGCUUAAAUGGUCACAUUGAGGAAUACAUUUGGUUUCAUCUCUAAAAGUUCCACAAGCGGCUGUAAGUGCAAAAAGAUGUAAAAACCAAGGGGAAUUAAGUUAUGUGGAGGGAAGAGGAGGGCAGAGAGGUUGGGGUUGGGGAAAGGCAGUCUCUGGAAUAUAAACCAAAUGUGACCAGCAGAAACAGUAAACACCUGUGGCUCUUUGGAGCUGUUCCUCAGCCAUUUCUUCCCGCUGAAGGCUCUGUACUGUAUGCUCAUCAUGGUUAGUAUAUGAUAAGUGAGAGGCCUGUCAUUUGGAGGAGGGGGUGAAGAGAGAGAAAUGGAGUGCAUUGCAGGAGAGAAAUGAAAGAAAGGCUAAGAAUUGUGGCUAACUGUGAGUCUACACUGCCACCAAGAGGUAUAGCUGGCAAAACAAGUUGGUUUUGCACUUGAUAUCCUAAUCCUUAAAAAUAGACUCUCAUUUUUGGUCCAUUAGGAGAGAAAAAAAACACUUUUGGGGUGAAAUAGGAGUAGGAUAAAAUUAUGCCGUUAAUCCAUGAACACGGAUGUGUAAUUCUCCCCUGACCCUCAUAGCCUAGUUUCUGCUAACUCGUGGCUCAUAAACAUUUGACUUGGACAUUAAUAACUGGGGCAGUAUGAAAAAUGUAUGCACUCACUAAUUGUAAGCCGCUCUGGAUAAGAGCGUCUGCUAAAUGACUAAAAUGUAAAAUGUAAAUGUAUCAUUCCCAAAACGACCCUAAGUCUAUGUCCUGUAAAGAAAAACCACACAGGCUCCUCCGGUGGAAUGCUAGAUAGAGCAGGCUCUUACAGUUGAUCCAUAAUUAAUAAGGGUAAUUUGUAGCGGGAGGAAAUCCGACACGUCUGAGAGAGUAGAUGAUGUGCAUUUUUGUAGGCAUUCUUUACAGCUGGCCAGAGACAAUGGUAAUUAAGUAGUGCUGUCGGGAAAUCAAGGGUAGGCUCUUUUUAUAGUUUGGAGCUGACUAAAACAGGUCAAUAGCUCUGGGACAGGAGGUAUGAUAUCACUGUACCCACCGUACCUCCUGUUUAGGUUUAAGGUCACUGCUUCUUACAGCAAGCUUAGAUGACUAGGUGACUCUGGACACAGAUACACAAGAACAAUCUGUUUCUUAUUGUGUAUCUUUGUGCACUGUGUCGUUUCCAUCUAACCUUGCUGUUCAAAAUCGUUCUUUGACAAUAAUAGCUAUCGGUAUAGUUUAGUCAUUUUGUAUCUCUAUGCAACAAUUCCACCUGGAAAUAAUCUGAAAUGUCAAUUAUAUCUUUAGUACUAAAGUAAUACAAUUCCAUGAGACAAACAUGUAUUUAGAAAUCUGCUUAUACUUGAAUGUUGCAUGUUUUGAUUUGUUCCAACAGUGACAUUGUAAAGGACAUGGAGUACCAGUACAGAGUUCAGGUGGAAGCAGACGGUCUUCUCAGUGAGCUCUCCCCACCUCUCCUCUACACCCAUGGAGCUGCCUACUGCGGUGACGGACUACUCAAUGGGUCAGUCAGUUUACACAGUAUUCACAUCCCAGAUACAGUGCCUUGAGAAAGUAUUCAUACCCCUUGACUUAUUCCACAUUUUGUUGUGUUGCAGCCUGAAUUCAUAAUGGCUAGAUUUUUUUUUCUUACAUUUACAUUUACGUCAUUUAGCAGACGCUCUUAUCCACCCAUUGACACACAAUACCCCAUAAUGACAAAGUGAAAACAUGUUUUUAGACAUUUUUGCAAAUUUAUUUAAAAUGAGGUUUAAGUGAUAGCUGUAACUCGGCCACUCAGGAACAUUCACUGUCUUCUUGGUAAGCAACUCCAGUGUAGAUUUGGCAUUGUGUUUUAGGUUAUUGUCCUGCUGAAAGGUUAAUUCAUCUCCCAGUGUAUGGUGGAAAGCAGACUAAACCAGGUUUUCCUCUAGGAUUUUGCCUGUGCUUAGCUCAAUUCUGUUUCUUUUUUAUCCUUAAAAACGCCACAGUCCUUUAACGAUUACAAGCAUACACAUAACAUGAUGGAGCCACCACUAUGCUUGAAAAUAUGGAGAGUGGUAUUCAGUAAUGUGUUGUAUUGGAUUUUCCCCAAACAUAACACUAUUCAGGACAAAAAGGUAAUUGCUUUGCCAUAUUUUUUGCAGUAUUACUUUAGUACCUUGUUGCAAACAAGAUGCAUUUUUUGGAAUAUUUGUAUUCUGUGCAGGCUUCCUUUCAUUCACUCUGUCAAUUAGGUUAGUAUUGUGGAGUAACUACAAUGUUUUGAUCCAUCCUCAGUUUUCUCCUAUCACAGCCAUUAAACUAUGUAACUGUUUUAAAGUCCCCAUUGGCCUCAUGGUGAAAUCCCUGAGCGGUUUCCUUCCUCUCCUGCAACUGAAUUAGCCUGUAUAUUUGUAGUGACUGGGUGUAUUGAUACACCAUCCAAAGUGUAAUUCAUAACUUCCCCAUGCUCAAAGAGAUAUUCAAUGUCUGCUUUUAUUUUUAUUUUUACCCAUCUACCAAUAGGUGCCCUUCUUUGCGAGGCAUUGGAAAACAUCCCUGGUCUUUGUGGUUAAAUCUGUGUUUGAAAUUCACUGCUUGACUGAAAAACCUUAAAUAUAAUUGUAUGUGUGGGGUACAGAGAUGUGGUAGUCAUUCAAAAAUCAUGUUAAACUAUAUCAUUGCACACAGCAAGUCCAUGCAACUUAUUAUGUGACUUGUUAAGCAAAUUUUUACUCCUGAACUUAUUUAGGCUUGCUAUAACAAAGGUGUUGAAUAGUUAUUGACUCAAGACAUUUCAGCUUUUCAUUUUUAAUAAAAUAAAUAAAAAUGAAAAACAUAAUUCCACUUUGGCAUUAUGGGGUAUUGUGUGUAGGCCAGUAAUAAAACAAUCUCAAUUUCAUCCAUUUUAAAUUCAGGCUGUAACACAACAAAAUGUGGGAUAAGUCAAGGGGUGUGAAUACUUUCUGAAGGCAGCUGUAUGUUCUCUUUUCUCUCAUCCAUUGUAGACCAUACCAACAGUAGAAUGAAAAUGCCCAUAAUAUAUGCAUUAAUUAAUACUAUUAAUUGAUACACAGCAAUGAUGUAAUCAUGCUAAACAAGUCCACCUUCAUUACUCUGGACAGUUUCAAGUACAAAUAGAAUUGUCUAUAUCAAAGGAGGAUUUUAAAUUAACAUUGUACAAUGAAUGGAUUCACAUACAAGAAAUAAAUCUUAAGUUACAAAGCAUUAACAAGCAUUACAAAGCAUACUUCUAAGGCUAACUUAGAAGACAAAGCAUGAAUAAAGAGAUGCCUAUUAAGCCAGAGGCUUAGAUGCCCAGGAAGCCUGGAUACAUGAUGAGAGAGAACAAAGGCAUUUAUUUCAAUUUAUAACAUCUGAAGGUGUAACCUUUCAACCCAAAACCAACAAACAUUGACCAAUUAAAUGAUACCAAGUUUACAGAGUAACCUGACCACCAAGGCCCAAUCUCCACAGGGUGUCACAGCAAUUAAAGACUUGUGUCGGGUAUGAGACCAAUGUACAGUGGGGAAAAAAAGUAUUUAGUCAGCCACCAAUUGUGCAAGUUCUCCCACUUAAAAAGAUGAGAGAGGCCUGUAAUUUUCAUCAUAGGUACACGUCAACUAUGACAGACAAAUUGAGAAAAAAAAUCCAGAAAAUCACAUUGUAGGAUUUUUAAUGAAUUUAUUAGCAAAUUAUGGUGGAAAAUAAGUAUUUGGUCACCUACAAACAAGCAAGAUUUCUGGCUCUCACAGACCUGUAACUUCUUCUUUAAGAGGCUCCUCUGUCCUCCACUCGUUACCUGUAUUAAUGGCACCUGUUUGAACUUGUUAUCAGUAUAAAAGACACCUGUCCACAACCUCAAACAGUCACACUCCAAACUCCACUAUGGCCAAGACCAAAGAGCUGUCAAAGGACACCAGAAACAAAAUUGUAGACCUGCACCAGGCUGGGAAGACUGAAUCUGCAAUAGGUAAGCAGCUUGGUUUGAAGAAAUCAACUGUGGGAGCAAUUAUUAGGAAAUGGAAGACAUACAAGACCACUGAUAAUCUCCCUCGAUCUGAGGCUCCACGCAAGAUCUCACCCUGUGGGGUCAAAAUGAUCACAAGAACGGUGAGCAAAAAUCCCAGAACCACACGGGGGGACCUAGUGAAUGACCUGCAGAGAGCUGGGACCAAAGUAACAAAGCCUACCAUCAGUAACACACUACGCCGCCAGGGACUCAAAUCCUGCAGUGCCAGACGUGUCCCCCUGCUUAAGCCAGUAAAUGUCCAGGCCCGUCUGAAGUUUGCUAGAGUGCAUUUGGAUGAUCCAGAAGAGGAUUGGGAGAAUGUCAUAUGGUCAGAUGAAACCAAAAUAUAACUUUUUGGUAAAAACUCAAUUCGUCGUGUUUGGAGGACAAAGAAUGCUGAGUUGCAUCCAAAGAACACCAUACCUACUGUGAAGCAUGGGGGUGGAAACAUCAUGCUUUGGGGCUGUUUUUCUGCAAAGGGACCAGGACGACUGAUCCGUGUAAAGGAAAGAAUGAAGGGGGCCAUGUAUCGUGAGAUUUUGAGUGAAAACCUCCUUCCAUCGGCAAGGGCAUUGAAGAUUAAACGUGGCUGGGUCUUUCAGCAUGACAAUGAUCCCAAACACACCGCCCGGGCAACGAAGGAGUGGCUUCGUAAGAAGCAUUUCAAGGUCCUGGAGUGGCCUAGCCAGUCUCCAGAUCUCAACCCCAUAGAAAAUCUUUGGAGGGAGUUGAAAGUCCGUGUUGCCCAGCGACAGCCCCAAAACAUCACUGCUCUAGAGGAGAUCUGCAUGGAGGAAUGGGCCAAAAUACCAGCAACAGUGUGUGAAAACCUUGUGAAGACUUACAGAAAACGUUUGACCUGUGUCAUUGCCAACAAAGGGUAUAUAACAAAGUAUUGAGAAACUUUUGUUAUUGACCAAAUACUUAUUUUCCACCAUAAUUUGCAAAUAAAUUCAUUAAAAAUCCUACAAUGUGAUUUUCUGGAAUUUCUUUUCUCAUUUUGUCUGUCACAGUUGACGUGUACCUACGAUGAAAAUUACAGGCCUCUCUCAUCUUUUUAAGUGGGAGAACUUGCACAAUUGGUGGCUGACUAAAUACUUUUUUUCCCCACUGUAAAUUAGACAGAAUUCCUGAGAAGACAAUAAAACCUUUUUGCAUAGAGUAAUUCAGAGUUCACCCUGUACAGAUACAAGUUACCACAGAUAUAAUACAUCCAUAUAAAUAGCAUCAGAGUUAUCCUCAGUGAACAACUAUAGUAUUAUUCUAUCAUAUUCAAUAGUCAGUCCUCUGAAUACUAUAACAGAGAGUUACAUUUUGGCCCCUUAGAGGGGGAAGGGCUGACUAGUCCUUGGGCAUUGUCCUUUGUGCAUUCCUUGUGUUCCUGAACCACUUGCCAUGCAACUCCAGGUAACAGAGAUCACAAAUAAGGGCUGAGCCUACAUUAGCAAGUGUGCAAGUGAAGCCAAACUACAGUAUACUCAUAUAGGUCAUACAUAUUGGUCUCUCUAAGUGGAGAAUGUAGUGAAAUCAAAGGAUGUGUGUUUUUGUAAUGAAAGUGUAUGGACUAUGGAGAUUACUGAUCCUUGCUGUCUCUGUGUCUGUAGGACAGAGGACUGUGAUGAUGGCAAUCUGUUGGAUGGUGAUGGCUGCUCUAAGAAGUGCCACAUGGAGUCAGGCUUCAACUGCAAUGGUGAGUGAAGAACAUACAAGACCACUCUCCUAAUCCUGGUCUCAGUCUACAGUCUGUGGAAUGACCAAAACAGAAGCCCAACUAGACCAGGGGUGUAUUCAUUAUGUCUUGCAACGGAAACCGUUUACCGUUUAAGAACCAAAUGACAGAAACAGGGAGGGACCUACCUGAAUUUGACCAAUAGGAACUCAUGUUUUCAUUGCAAAACAUUUUCCGUUUGAGAGUAAAGGGUUUCUGUUGCAAAACGUUUUGCGGAAUGAAUACACCACAUGUUGAUGGGACUCAAGCGAAACAGUACUUGCAAGCAGAAGCUUCAUUUCAAGCUCAGUCAAAAUGCCUUUAUUAAGUUGAACAUUAGUGUAAGUCAAGACAGGUCACAACUUAACAAAACUAACGAAGUAAACUAAGUAAGUAACUAAAUAACUAAGUAAAGAGUAAUCACUUAUCACACACAUUUGAAUACAUUUUUAUUUUAUUUAACCUUUAUUUUGACAGGGAUUUUUAUUUUAUUUUUUUUACAGAUGAGCCCUGUAUAAACAUCAAACACAUCAUUACACAUCAAUAUACACUAUACACAUCAAUAUACACAUCAAUAUUCACAUCAAUACACGAAAAGCAAAACACAAACAUAGAAAACAAACACAUUCUUCAUUAGCUCCACGCACUAGCUCCAUGCACUGAUUUCAUAUCACAAAUACUGUCAUUUGUACUUUUAAUAUUUUUUGCAAAAUGUAGCUUUCAUUUAUAAUUUGUAGAAACUAUGAGAGUAGAAAGGUUCAGAACUUUUGUGAAACAUCACAGCACAGUUGAAGAAUAUAUGGCAAAUAGAAAUCAAAACUAGAUGGUGUUCAAAGAUAGAUGGGAGGGUUUGAGUGGAGCUGAAGGGUGGGACUAAAAACAACAAGAUAACUCAUGUAAAAUAUACUGUUUCCAUAAAAUGUAUAUAGCUUCAGAACUUUUGUGAAAUAGCACAGUUAAAAAUAUCUGGCAAAUAGAAAUCAAAACUGGAUGUUCUUCAGAGAUACAGUGCAUUCGGAAAGCAUUUAGACCCAUUGACUUUUUCCACAUUUUGUUACGAUACAGCCUUAUUCUAAAAUGGAUUAAAAUGUUUUUUUCCCCUCAUCAAUCUUUUUUUAGAUGUUUUUUGCUAAUUUAUUACAAAUAAAAAAAAGAAAUAUGACAUUUACAUAAGUAUUCAGACCCUUUACUCAGUACUAUGUUGACGCACCUUUGGCCUCGAGUCUUCUUGGGUAUGACUCUACAAGCUUGGCACCCCUGUAUUUGGGGAGUUUCUCCCAUUCUUCUCUGCAGAUCCUCUCAAGCUCUGUCAGGAUGGAUGGGGAGUGUUGCUGCACAGCAAUCUUCUGGUCUCUCCAGAGAUGUUCGAUCGGGUUAAAGUCCGGGCUCUGGAUGGGCCACUCAAGGACAUUCAGAGACUUGUCCCGAAUCCACUCCUGCGUUGUCUUGGCUGUGUGCUUAGGGUCGUUGUCCUGUUGGAAGGUGAACCUUCGCCCCAGUCUGAGGUUCUGAGCGCUCUGGAGCAGGUUUUCAUCAAGGAUCGCUCUGUACUUUGCUCCAUUCAUCUUUCCCUCGAUCCUGACUAGUCUCCCAGUCCCUGCCGCUGAAAGACAUCCCCACAGCAUGAUGCUGCCACCACCAUGCUUCACCGUAGGGAUGGUGCCAAGUUUCCUCCAGACGUGACGCUUGGCAUUCAAGUCAAAGAGUUCAAUCUUGGUUUCAUCAGACCAAAGAAUCUUGUUUCUCAUGGUCUGAGAGUCUUUAGGUGAAUUUUGGCAAACUCCAAGUGGGCUGUCAUAUGCUUUUUACUGAGGAGUGGCUUCUGUCUGGCCACUCUACCAUGAAGGCCUGAUUAGUGGAGUGCUGCAGAGAUGGUUGUCCUUCUGGAAGGUUCUCGCCAGAGGAACUUUAGAGCUCUGUCAGAGUGGCCAUCGGGUUCUUGGUCACCUCCCUGACCAAGGCCCAUUUUCCCCCGAUUGCUCAGUUUGGCCAGGCGGCAAGCUCUAGGAAGAGUCUUGGAGAGUCAAACUUCUUCCAUUUAAGAAUGAUGGAGGCCACUGUGUUCUUGGGGACCUUCAAUGCUGCAGAAAUGUUUUGGUACCCUUCCCCAGAUCUGUGUCUCUACACAAUCCUGUCUCGGAGCUCUACGGACAAUUCCUUCGACCUCAUGGCUUGGUUUUUGCUCUCACAUGCACUGUCAACUGUGGGACCUUAUAUAGACAGGUGUGUGCCUUUCCAAAUCAUGUCCAUUCAAUUGACCACAGGUGGACUCCAGUCAAGUUGUAGAAACAUCUCAAGGAUGAUCAAUGGAAACAGGAUGCACCUGAGCUCAAUUUCGAGUCUCAUAGCAGAGGGUCUGAAUACGUUUUUCAUGUAUUUUACCUCCUUUUUCUCCCCAAUUUCGAUUUUGUCUCAUCACUGCAACUCCCCAACUGGCUCGGGAGGCGAAGGUCGAGUCAUGCGUCCUCCAAAACAUGACCCGCCAAACCGCGCUUCUUAACACCCGCCCGUUUAACCCGGAAGUCAACCGCACCAAUGUAUCGGAGGAAACACCGUUCAACUGACGAACGAGAUCCACCUGCAGGCGCCCUGCCUGCAACAAGGAGUCGCUAGAGUGCGAUGAGCCAAGUAAAGGUUUUUCUUAAUUUUUACUAUUUUCUACAUUGUAGAAUAAUAGUGAAGACAUCAAAACUAUGAAAUAACACAUAUGGAAUCAUGUAGUAACCAAAAAAGUGUUAAAUAAAGAUUUUAGAUUCUUCAAAGUAGCCACCCUUUGCCUUGAUGACAGCUUUGCACACUCUUGGCAUUCUCUCAACCAGCUUCAUGCAGAAUGCUUUUCCAACAGUCUUGAAGGAGUUCCCACACAUGCUGAGCACUUGUUGGCUGCUUUUCCUUCACUCUGCGGUCCAACUCAUCCCAAACCAUCUCAAUUGGGUUGAGGUCGGGUGAUUGUGGAGGCCAGGUCAUCUGAUGCAGCACUCCAGCACUCUCCUUCUUGUUCAAAUAGCCCUUACACAGCCUGGAGCUGUGGUUUGGGUCAUUGUCCUGUUGAAAAACAAAUGAUAGUCCAACUAAGCGCAAACCAGAUGGGAUGGCGUAUCGAUGCAGAAUGCUGUGGUAGCCAUGCUGGUUAAGUGUGCCUUGAAUUCUAAACAAAUCACAGACAGUGUCACCAGCAAAGCACCCCCACACCAUCACACCUCCUCCUCCAUGCUUCACGAUGGGAACCACACAUGCGGAGAUCAUCCGUUCACCUACUCUGCGUCUCACAAAGACACAGUGGUUGGAACCAAAGAUCUCACAUUUGGACUCAUCAAACCAAUGUCCAUCACUCGUGUUUCUUGGCCCAAGCAAGUCUCUUCUUCUUAUUGGUGUCCUUUAGUAGUGGUUUCUUUGCAGCAAUUCAACCAUGAAGGCCUGAUUCACGCAGUCUCCUCUGAACAGUUGAUGUUGAGAUGUGUCUGUUACUUGAACUCUGUGAAGCAUUUAUGUGGGCUGCAAUCUGAGGUGUAGUUAACUCUAAUGAACGUAUCCUCUGCAAAUCAAAUAAAAAGCAUUUCACCUUACAGUGAAAUGCUUACUUACAAGCCCUUGACCAACAAUUCAUUUUUAAGAAAAAUAAGUGUUACGUAAACAAUAGAUAAGUAAAAAAUAAAAGCAGUAAAAUAACAGUAAAAAUAACAGUAGCGAGGCAAUAUACAGGGGGUACCGGUACAAAGUCAAUGUGCGGGGGCACCGGUUAAAUCAAAUUAAAUCAAAUUAAAUCAAAUCAAAUUAAAUCACAUUUUAUUGGCCACAUGCGCCGAAUACAUUACAGUGAAAUGCUUACUUACAGCUCUUAACCAACAAUGCAUUUAUUUUUUAAUAAAAAAGUAAAAUAAAACAACAACAAAAAAGUGUUGAGAGAAAAAGAGCAGAAGUAAAAUGUUGGGGUGGUAUGCAAAUUGGACUGGGUCUAGGGUUUCUGGGAUAAUGGUGUUGAUGUGAGCCAUGACCAGCCUUUCAAAGCACUUAAUGGAUAGAGAUGUGAUUGUUACAGGUCUGUAGUCAUUUAGGAAGGUUACCUUAGUGUUCUUGGGCACAGGGACUAUGGUGGUCUGCUUGAAACAUGUUGCUAUUACAGACUCAGUCAGGGACAUGUUGAAAAUGUCAGUGAAGAUACUUGCCAGGUAGUCAGUGCAUGCUUGGAGUACACGUCCUGGUAAUCCGUCUGGCCCUGCGGCCUUGUGAAUGUUGACCUGAUUAAAAUGUCCCCCUAAUUUCCCUAAAUACCUCUGUUGAUCCUACAGCUAUUGUAUGCAGUAAUCAUGAGCCUAUGAACCAGAGUUACACUGUUAGCACUGAGGUGGUGUAUCCUAGUAGGAAGACCAUUGUGUGCAGCUCACCCUGCACUAUCAGUUCCAAUAUAAAUAACAUGAGCAAGUCUACUUCUGAUAAGCUUCCCAGUAAAGCAUUAAAAACAAUCAAGCAACCCAGAAAAGUGCUAAAAAUAGCCCAUAUUAACAUAUGCAGCCUGAGAAACAAGGUCCAUGAAGUCAAUCUGAAACUCACUUAGAUAAUACAUUUGAUGAUACAGGGGAAGCAAUACAUGGUUAUAACAUUUACCGAAAAUACAGAAAUGCCAACGGGGGCAGUGUUGCGGUCUAUAUUCAGAACCACAUUCCUGUAAAGCUUAGAGACAAUCUAAUGUUAAAUACUGUUGAAGUAAUAUGGCUAAAGGUUCAUCUGCCUCACCUAAAGCCCAUUUUUGUGGGAAGCUGCUAUAGACCACCAAGUGCUAACAGUCAGUAUCUGGAUAAUAUGUAUUGAUCACAUCUUGACUGGUACUGUGUAUAUACAGUAUAUAUUUACAAAAAUAUAAAUGAUGGAUUGGAAAUUAUGCAGACAAUUACAUUGAUGGAAGCUACAAUCUGUCUGCAAUAUUAAAGCUGAUCUACCCCCUUAAUUAAAAAUUAAUAAAUAAACAAAAUACUGUCAUUUGUAGUCAGUCUGCGCUUAACUAUGUCAAUUUACCCAAACUACGCAUUAUGCAUACAGUAAUCUAAUAUAAUUCAAAACAAAAUCAUGUGAACUCAAAGACUGAAACAACACUCACCCAGAGAUGUGAAUUGUGAAGGGUAUUUUUCUUUCCUGAGGUAAGUUUACUACAGCUAGCUUGUUUGGAUUUCCACAACAACACAAUGCUGUCAAGCUGACACACUGCCUUGUCUCUGGUUUUCAUUCAGAGACUUGGCAAGCUAAAAGUAGACAUUGCACAGUAACAACAGCAAAUGUCAACCUCACAGUUGUAGUGUUGCCUAUAAAUGUAUCCACCAUGCUGGGGGAUUCUUUUAUAAACUUCCUUUAUCAUCAUGCUCUUAGUUAAAGCAAUGUGUUUUCUUAAAAUAAAAUGUGUCAUUUGGCACACAAUAUAAAUCACAAGGAAGUAGUCCUAAUGGUUACUGAGUAACUACGAUAAUUCAAUGGAUUUACAUGAUCUAUUCUCACAAACUGUAUUUCAGCAAAUUGUCAAAGUAAGUGAAGGGGCACAUUUUUGUGUACGUCCCAAAUGGCACCCCAUUCACUUUAUCGUGCACUACUUUUGACCAGAGUAGAGGAGAGUAGGGUAGAGUAUUACUUUAAAUCCCAACUUGGCAAAUUGAUUUAUCACCUCAAGCAUCAGCAAUGAUUUCGGGGACAAGACAAGGAUACAUUAUUAUACACAUAAUAAUAAAAAAGAAAAUUAAGCUGUGCAUUAUAAAGGGAAUAGGGUGCCAUUUGGGACGCAACUUUUGUGAAUGUAUUACUCAGCUAGGACGUCAACAGCCCCUCAAUUUUGUCAAGGGAGAAAAAAUAAAGCUAUUCCAUGAAGGUUCAGAGAUGCCGUGACUGAAAGUGUUAUAUUUUCUUUGGGAAUAAAAGGCAUGACUAGCAGGAAAAAAACGAUGGCAAAAAACGGAUUCUAAAUUGAACAGAAUCAUUGCACCAUUCAAGAUAGUGCCUCACUCUCACUCAGUCAUGCACAUAUUUGUUUCCAUGUUUGGGUAUUCUGAUGCUUGUCAAGUUAACUCCUACAACACAAGAAUGGAUUAUGAAGUCAAUGUAUCUGAAGCAUGAACAUCAACUCGUAUUAUCCUGAAAGUGAUAUUGCUGUGACAAACAACUGAAGUAAAAACACAUUUAUCAUUGUCACAGGUGUUGUUUUGUGUACUGUAUAUUAUCGUCAGUGCACAAUAUCCAAACCACCUGCUAUGAUGAUAAUGUGGUUUGAUUCCAUAUUGUCUAGACUUUUUAUUUUUGAGACAUAGUUCCUUGGAUUAAUUAUGCCAAUUCAACACCUUGUCAGUGACUAAACUAUAUCCUACCCAAACAGCUGUCUGUAACUAACAGGGCCAAAUCCAGCCUCUGAUGUUAAAGUUCACACAUGAUAAAUGUUUUGUGUAUUACAUAAUGCUUUGCUUUUUUAUUUUCUGUCUGAACCAUUGUCACACCUCUUUAUUGAACUACAUCUUUCCGGGAAUGUUUUCUGAUGACAGCAUCUACUUAUUGUAAUACAAUGCAAUCCCCCCAGCAGACUGUUCAUUUGGACUGAGUCCCAAAUGGCACCCUAUUCCAUAUAUAGUGCACUACAUUUGACCAGAGCCCUAUGGGUCCUGUUUAAAAAGUAGUGCACUAUGAAGGGAAUUGGGUGCCAUUUGGGACGCAAGCUUAGUCACCACAUAUCUUUGCCGCCAUUGUUUCCGCCAGGUGAACCCAGCCUGUGCUACGUCUUUGAGGGUGAUGGUGUGUGUGAGGAGUUUGAGAGGGGCUCCAGCAUACAGGACUGUGGUUACUUCACCCCUCAUGGGUACAGUGACCAGUGGGCCUCCACCGCAGCAGCCUCCCAUCAGGACCAAAGCAGCUGCCCUGCCCUGGCAGCCACCGGAGAGCCCUCGCUUAGCAAGGUAGCAGUGCUUUCCUCUGCCCUGUCCUCCACCUCCUGGAUACAAUUGUUAUCUUUCUGUAAAUGUGACAGUAUUGAGUGUUUUGAACGUUUGGUAACACUUUAUUUGGAUAGUCCCAAGUAGAUGGUUUGUAGAUGGUUUGUAGAUGGUUUGUAGAUGUACAUUUUUUAUUUAUGCAUUGUUUAACCCCCUUUUUCUCCCCAAUUGCGUGAUAUGCCAUUGCGUUCCAAUUACAAUCUUGUCUCAACUCCCCAAUGGGCUCGGGAGAGGCGAAGGUCGAGUCAUGAGUCCUCCGAAACAUGACCCGCCAAACCGCGCUUCUUAACACCUGCUCGCCUAACCCAGAAGCCAGCUGCACCAAUGUGUCGGAGGAAACACUGUUCAACCGACGACCGAAGUCAGCUUGCAGGCACCCGCUCCCGCCACAAGGAGUCGCUAAAGCGUGAUGUGCCAAGUAAAGCCCCCACCGGCCAAACCCUCCCCUAACCUGGACGACACUGGGCCAAUUGUUCGCCGCCCUAUGGGACUCCCGGUGUCAACAACAUUUCAACUAACUGUCCACUAACCUUAACCCUAGCCCUAACCCUAACCCUUAUUCUAAACCAAAGCCCUAACCGUAACGUUAGCAAGCAUUUGCUCAUGAACAGAUAGUUUCUUGAUAGUAUAACCAUCUGUAUAUCAUGGGACUAUCCAAAUAAAGUGUGACCGAAGGUUUUAAAUAAUUACUGUACGAUUCCCCUUGUAUUAAAGCUGUGCAAGCCCAAGUACCUGGAGAUGAAUGAGAAGCCGUCACAUGACAUAUGGGUUCCAUGCACGGCCCAGUCGUACACUCAGACCUACUAUGAUGAGGAAGAUACAGUAUGGCUAAAGGUUGAGUACUCCAGUCCACCACAGAGGAUGCAUGGGGCACCUUUUUUUCCUUUAUAGUGCACUACUUUUGACAAACUAUUUAUAACCCUCUCUAAAGUAAUGUUCCAACAGUCAUUUGUUAUGCUUCACGGCACAUAUUUGUACUUUCUCCCAAUUUGUCAUGCCAUGUUUGUCACAGUAUUGUCAUGCUUCUGUUGUCAUACUUUCCCCGGUAUCAUUACCAUGCAAUCUAAUUACCAUUGAAGUAGGGGACAUUCAGGAACUGAUUAUUGAACAGUUGAACUCAUUGGGUUGUGGUCAUAAUAAUUAUAAUUGUUUGCCCAGGUGGGAUUUGCGCAACCUGGAGUCGCCGCGUCUGUCAUCAUCUAUCUGGCCUCGGACGGAGCCUGGCCUGGAGAGCAGUGCAGGAAAACAGUCACCAUCCAACUGUGUGAUACUGGUGGCAAAAACCACUCCCUGGGUAUGAACUUGAACUACCGACCCUCAAAGUAUGUUUGCCUGUUCGUCUUAACAGACAAAAGAGCUGACUGACUGUUUGAAUUAACAUUUUCCAAGCAAAGAUGCCUCAAGAUGUCUUCACAUAUACAGUAUGUAGGGUUAGGGUUAUGGGUAGGGACAUCUCAAGUCAUGAUGGCUGGAUACAGUGAUGACCAUAUGAUAUUUAAAAAGUGUACUGAGUAAGCGUCCAUGUGUUAUUCCUUUUUGGGGCUCCAUCUGAGCGUGACGUAUGUUGUUUGUUGUUGAACGCUGAAAGCUGAACGAGAGACCACGUUUUAUUGUUUUUAUAAAGCUGACAGUGUUUUGAUAUACUUUUAUUUUGGAUACUGCGGCUCUGUUGGGCAUAGUUGCUGUGAGCGCUGCUGUCUGUCCUGUGAUCCUGCCAGAUUCCACAUAGGGGGAGACACAUGGAAGCCCAGCUAGCCUAGCUGGCUCGACGGCCUUAAAUGGAGGUCGCUAUUGAACGUUUCCAGCGCUGCAGGAGCUGUGUUUACUUUGCUUUGUUCCGGGACAAUGUGGACCGCGCUGACUUUCAAUGUAGCAAAUGCUUGCUUGCAGAGGACUACAGGGGCGAAGUGGCUACUCUUAGCAAGCAAGUAGCAAACCUACACAAGCUACUGGGGAAUCCACGCCUGCCUACUUUUUCAUUUUCUUCCACCCCAGUAGUCGGACGCUGCUCUGGUUUAGUGGAAGUGUCGCCGCCGUGUAGGCUCUCCACAGCCGACAGGCCGGUGCUCAGCAGGGAUCCAUCCGCGAAGGGGUCUCUCCCUUCCCUGGAGAACGGAGCUGUUCUCGACCCAACCAACCAUCCAUGGAGAUACGUCACUCGCCGUGGAAACGGAAGAAAGCGUCCUCUGGCAACGGGGUCUCCUUGGAGAUGUUAAGCCCGGACCUGACACAGACCAGAAACGGCUUUGCCGCCCUGGAUCCAGAGGUUCCAGUGCCGUCUUCCUUAGGGGCUUCCCAUUCAAGAUCGGAUCCGGAGGUACCUGCGUCUUCAUCCUCUGAUCUGUCUCCCUCUCCGGUGGCUUCUACCUCAGGUUCAGAUCCUCAGAGCUCCCACCCUCAUCAGACCGUGAGGCUGCCUGAGAGACCGGCCCAUUCAACAUCACCAGCUGUCAUCAUCGGCAGCUCUAUAGUGAGAAACAUCUCGAUUCCCAAUGCAAAAACCCUGUGCUACCCUGGAGCACGAGUACAGGACAUCACAAAGCUGCUUCCGACUGUUCUACAACAGAUACAGGGAGCUGACACUGUCAUAGUGCAUGUGGGGUCAAACGACAUCAGGAGGGCUAUCUCAGAACAUCUGAAAAUUGAUUUUAAAGAACUGAUUUUAGCAUUAAAAGACUCCAAAAAAUGGCCAAUCAUUUCAGGUCCAGUACCAUCGUUGGGCCGUGGGUGUGAAAGAUUCAGCAGGCUACUGGCAUUACACAUCUAGCUAAAAGAUUACUGUAGCUCUGUUGGAAUCACUUUUAUAGAUAACUUUGACACCUUCUGGAAACAGAAGAUACUCUACAGGAAUGACGGAGUCCAUCCAAAUAAUAAUAUAAUAUGCCAUUUAGCAGACGCUUUUAUCCAAAGCGACUUAGUCAUGCGUGCAUACAUUUUUAUGUAUGGGUGGUGCCGGGGAUUGAGGACCACAUAUCUUGACUCCUGGACUCUGUCCACGCAUUUCAAGGCUAUAUUGAAACAAUGACCCAAGACCAGCUCAGUUAAUCCCUACCAUUGUGGCAAUGAGUCGUCAUAAAUGUACAUUAUCCUAGGGGCUUGGCAGACACAAUGUAAGUAACUUAAUUUAUGUCCCCCUAAUUGUCCUGAAUACCUCUGUUGAUCCUACAGCUAUUGUAUGCAGUUGUUACGAACCCCGUGGCUUUAAACGUCUAGGGUGGAUGGACAAGAGACCCGUAACAUAAUUCAUGCAAAUUAGAAGCGUGACAUGGAACAGUGAGAACAAAAACUACACGACAACCAUAAACUACCGUCAAACAUAAAAGGUUUAUUUUUGAACACACAGUAAAGGUUUGAGAAAAAGGGCUGAGCAGGACCCAAGAAAUUUAACAAUAGUGUAAACAAACCCUAAACUGAUCUUGCCUGCCUCAAGAACCGCUAAGCUACUGCUAAUCAUACAAAAAUUACAGUGGGUGGUCCGCUCAGGUCUAACUAGUGUUUUUAGACAGUUUUCUUCCUACGGGUAAUGUACGCCCAAGGGCAACUUGCUUAAAUUCCCCUUUUCCCAGAAACACACAAAGUUACCAAACAGAGUAACCAGCAAAUGAGUGAGUACACAAAACACCACAGUAUCCAUACUCACAUACGGAAAAUAGUCUAACAAAGUUACCAAACAGAGUAACCAGCAAAUGAGUGAGUACACAAAACACAGGACACCACAGUAUCCAUACUCACAUACGGAAAUAGUCUCUAACAACAAACACAACUGACCGGCUUUUAAACAAUGGGAUGUGUGAUUGAAAAACCAGAAACAGGUGGUGCAAUGCAGAGGAAUGUCCACUGAUUGGUCCACCUCAGCAAUCAGCAGACACCCCAACGACCACCAAUCAGGAACAUACAGGACACCUGUGAUUAGGGCAGAAGGAGAGGAAAAACACAAAAAGACACAGGAUACCUGUAUCCGUAACAGCAGUAAUCAUGAGCCUAUGAACCAGAGUUACACUGUUAGCACUGAGGCGGUGUGCCCUAGUAGGAAGACCAUUGUGUGCAGCUCACCCUGCUCUAUCAGCUCCAAUAUAAAUAACAUGAGCAAGUCUACUUCUGACAAGCUUCCCAGUAAAGCAUUAAAAACAAUCAAGCAACCCAGAAAAGUGCUAAAAAUAGCCCAUAUUAACAUAUGCAGCCUGAGAAACAAGGUCCAUGAAGUCAAUCUGAAACUCACUUAGAUAAUACAUUUGAUGAUACAGUGGUAGCCAUACAUGGUUAUAACAUCUACCGAAAAUACAGAAAUGCCAACGGGGGCAGUGUUGCGGUCUAUAUUUAGAACCACAUUCCUGUAAAGCUUAGAGACGAUCCUAAUGUUAAAUACUGUUGAAGUAAUAUGGCUACAGGUUCAUCUGCCCCACCUAAAGCCCAUUCUUGUGGGAAGCUGCUAUAGACCACCAAGUGCUAACAGUCAGUAUCUGGAUAGGAUGUGUGAAAUGCUUAAUAAUGUAAGUGAUAUAAACAGAGAAGUAUAUUUUCUGGGUGACUUAAAUAUUGACUGGCUCUCAUCAAGCUGCCCACUCAAAAAAAAACGUCAAACUGUAACCAAUGCCUGCAACCUGGUUCAGGUUGUCAGUCAACCUACCAGGAUAUUUACAAACAGCACAGGAAUUAAAUCAUCAACAUGUAUUGAUCACAUAUUUACUAAUGCUGCAGAAGUUUGCUUCAAAGCAGUAUCCAAAUCCAUAGGAUGUAGUGAACGCAAUAUUGUAGCCAUAUCUAGGAAAACCAAAGUUCCAAAGGCUGAGCCUAAUGUAGUGUAUAAGAGGUCAUACAAUACGUUUUGUAGUGAUUCAUAUGUUGAUGAUGUAAAGAAUAUUUGCUGGUGUGUGGUGUGUAAUGAGGAGCAACCAGACGCUGCACUUGACAUAUUUAUGAACUUGCUUAUUCCAGUUACUAAUAAGCACGCACCCAUUAAGAAAAUGACUGUAAAAACUGUUCAAUCCCCUUGGAUGAUGAGGAAUUGAAAAAUUGUAUGGUUGAGAGGGAUGAGGCAAAAGGUAUGGCAAAUAAGUCUGGCAGCCCAACUGAUUGGCAAACGUACUGUAAAUUAAGAAAUCAUGUGACUAAACUAAAGAAAAAUAAACUAUACUAUGAAAUAAAAAUAAAUGAUACAAAGAAUGAUAGUAAAAAGCUUUGGAGCACAUUAAAUGAAAUUUUGUGGAAAAAGGCAAACUCGGCUCCAUCAUUCAUUGAAUCAGAUUGCUCACUCAUCACAAAACCCACUGAUAUUGCCAACUACUUUAAAUGGCAAGAUAAGCAAACUUAAGUAUGACAUGCCAGCAACAAACGCUGACACUACACAUCCAAGUAUAUCUGACCAAAUUAUGAAAGACAAGCAUUGUACUUUGAAUUCCGUAAAGUCAGUUUGGAAGAGGUGAAAAAAUGGUUGUUGUCUAUCAACAAUGACAAGCCACCGGGGUCUGACAAUCUGGAUGGAAAAUUACUGUGGAUAAUAGCAGACGAUAUUGCCACUCCUAUUUGCCACAUCUUCAAUUUAAGCCUACUAGAAAGUGUGUGCCCUCAGGUCUGGAGGGAAGCUAAAGUCAUUCCGCUACCUAAGAAUAGUAAAGCCCCCUUUACUGGCUCAAAUAGCUAACCAAUCAGUCUGUUACAAAACUUAGUAAACUUCUGGAAAAAAUUGUGUUUGACCAGAUACAAUGAUAUUUCACAGUAAACAGACAACAGACUUUCAGCAUGCUUAUAGGGAAGGACACUCAACAAGCACAGCACUUACACAAAUGACUGAUGAUUGGCUGAGAGAAAUUGAUGAUAAAAUGAUUGUAGGGGCUGUCAUUUUAGACUUCAGUGCAGCUUUUGACAUUACCGAUCAGAGUCUGCUGCUGGAAAAACAUAUGUGUUAUGGCUUUACACCCCCUGCUAUAAUGUGGAUAAAGAGUUACAGAGGGUGUUCUUUAAUGGAAGCCUCUCAAACAUAAUCCAGGUAGAAUCAGGAAUUCCCCAUGGUAGCUGUUUAGGCCCCUUACUUUUUUCCAUCUUUACUAACAACAUGCCACUGGCCAGUGUGUCUAUGUAUGCGGAUGACUCAACACUAUACAUGUCAGCUACUACAGCAACUGAAAUAACUGCAACACCUAACAAAGAACUGCAGUUAGUUUCGGAAUGGGUAGCAAGGAAUAAGUUAGUCCUAAAUAUUUCCCAAACUAAAAGCAUUGUAUUUGGGACAAAUCAUUCACUAAACCCUAAAACUACAUCUCGUAAUGAAUAAUGUGGAAAUUGAGCAAGUUGAGGUGACUAAACUGCUUGGAGUAACCCUGGAUUGUAAACUGUCAUGGUCAAAACAUAUUGAUACAACAGCAGCUAAGCUAAGAUGGGGAGAAGUCUGUCCAUAAUAAAGCGCUGCUCUGCCUUCUUAACAACACAAUCAACAAGGCAGGUCCUACAGGCCCUAGUUUUGUCGCACCUACACUACUGUUCAGUAGUGUGGUCAGGUGCCACAAAGAGGGACUUGGGAAAAUUGCAGUUGGCUCAGAACAGGGUAGCACGGCUGGCCCUAAAAAAGUACACGGAGAGCUAACAUUAAUGACAUGCAUGUCAAUCUCUCAUGGCUCAAAGUGGAAGAGAGAUUGACUUCAUCACUACUUGUUUUUGUAAGAGGUGUUGACAAGCUGAAUGUACAGAGCUGUCUGUUUAAAAUACUAGCACACAGCUCAGACACCCAUGCAUACCCCACAAGACAUACCACCAGAGGUCUCUUCACAGUCCAGAACAGACUAUGGGAGGCGCACAGUACUUUAUAGAGCCAUGACUACAUGGAACUUUAUUCCACCUCAGGUAACUGAUGCAAGCAUUAGAAUCAGAUUUUAAAAAACAGGUAAAAAUACACCUUAUGGAACAAAUGGGACUGUGAAGAGACACACACAAAGGUACAGACACAUGCAUACGCACACAUUGUGAUAUUGUUCUAUGGUGGUAUUAAACAUGUUGUAUUGUAUAUAUGUAGUGGUGUAAUAAUGUUAUAUGAUGUAUUGUUUUAUAUUUUGUUUUAUAUGUACUUUAUAAGUACUUUAAUAUGUUUGGACCCCAGGAGGAGUAGCUGCUGCCUUGGCAGCAGCUAAUGGGGAUCCCUAAUAAAUACAAAAUACAAAAAUCUCAAUUUCUCUCUCCGCAAUUCCUCGCAUCCCAUCUCCUCGUCUCCUUCUCAACUGUAGUUGACAUUCUUGUCCAAUAUAUUUUGAGAAGAAGAUGAGGAAUCGAGGAAAGAUUCAUUGAAAAAGGGCCUGUCUGUCCUCAGGUUCCUUUGAGCUGUCGUGCCAGCAGAAUCCCCUGGUGGUGAACGUGACACACAACCUGAGUCAACCCUUCUUCCUGACCACCGCUGUCAUCCUCAACUUCUCCUCGCCCUUCGUUGCCGUGACGGGAGUCGCUCUGCGCACGUCGUGUCACUUCAGCGCCUUUGCCCUUACUGGGUGCGCUGAGGGUGGGGUCUCAUAGGGCUUCCACAUGCACACACACACACAUACAUACAUGCACAUGCAUGCAUGCACAUACGUACACUACCGUUCAAAAGUUUGGGGUCACUUAGAAAUGUCCUUGUUUUCCAUGAAAACAUACAUGAAUUGAGUUUGAAUAGGAAAUAUAGCAAAAUGAAUAGGAAAUUAAGUAAUUGACAAGGUUAGAAAUAAUGAUUUGAUGAUUGUGUCCUUUAAACUUUGCUUUCAUCAAAGAAUCAUCCAUUUGCAGCAAUUACAGCCUCGCAGACCUUAGGCAUUCUAGUUGUCAAUUUGUUGAGGUAAUCUGAAGAGAUUUCACCCCAUGCUUCCUGAAGCACCUCCCACAAGUUGGAUUGGCUUGAUGGGCACUUCUUACGUACCAUACGGUCAAGCUGCUCCCACAACAGCUCAAUAGGGUUGAGAUCCGGUGACUGUGCUGGCCACUCCAUUAUAGACAGAAUACAAGGCGACUGCUUCUUCCCUAAAUAGUUAUUGCAUAGUUUGGAGCUGUGCUUUGGGUCAUUGUCCUGUUGUAGGAGGAAAUUGGCUCCAAUCAAACGCCGUCCACAGGGUAUGGCAUGGCGUUGCAAAAUGGAGUGAUAGCCUUCAUUCUUCAAGAUCCCUUUUACCCUGUACAAAUCUUCCACUUUACCACCACCAAAGCACCCCCAGACCAUCACAUUGCCUCCACCAUGCUUGACAGAUGGCAUCAAGCACUCCUCCAGCAUCUUUUCAUUUGGUCUGCGUCUCACAAAUGUUCUUCUUUGUGAUCCGAACACUUCAAACUUCGAUUCGUCUGUCCAUAAUACUUUUUUCCAAUCUUCCUCUCUCCAGUGUCUGUGUUCUUUUGCCCAUCUUAAUCUUUUCUUUUUAUGGGCCAGUCUGAGAUAUGGCUUUUUCUUUGCAACUCUGCCUAGAAGGUCAGCAUCCCAGAGUCGCCUCUUCACUGUUGACGUUGAGACUGGUGUUUUUCGGGUACUAUUUAAUGAAGCUGCCAGAUAAGGACCUGUGAGGCAUCUGUUUCUCAAACUAGACACUCUAAUGUAGUUGUCCUCUUUCUCAGUUGUGCACCGGGGCCUCCCUCUCCUCUUUCUAUUCUGGUUAGAGCCAGUUUGCGCUGUUCUGUGAAUGGAGUAGUACACAGCAUUGUACGAGAUCUUCAGUUUCUUGGCAAUUUUUUGCAUGGAAUAGCCUUCAUUUCUCAGAACAAGAAUAGGCUGAUGAGUUUCAGAAGAAAGUUAUUUGUUUCUGGCCAUUUUGAGCCUGUAAUCGAACCCACAAUUGCUGAUGCUCCAGAUACUCAACUAGUCUCAAGAAGGCCAGUUGUAUUGCUUCUUUAAUCAGCACAACAGUUUUCAGCUGUGCUAACAUAACUGCAAAAGGGUUUUCUAAUGAUCAAUUAGCCUUUUAAAAUGAUAAACUUGGAUUAGCAAACACAACGUGCCAUUGGAACACAGGACUGAUGGUUGCUGAUAAUGGGCCUCUGUACACCUAUGUAGAUAUUCCAUAAAAAAAUCAGCCGUUUCCAGCUACAAUAGCCUUUUACAAUAUUAACAAUGUCUACACUGUAUUUCUGAUCAAUUUGAUGUUAUUUUAAUGGACAAAAAAAUUGCUUUUCUUUCGAAAACAAGAACAUUUCUAAGUGGCCCCAAACCUUUGAACGGUAGUGUACAUGUACAGGCACAUACAGUGAGGGAAAAAAGUAUUUGAUCCCCUGCUGAUUUUGUACGUUUUCCCACUGACAAACAAAUGAUCAGUCUAUAAUUUUAAUGGUAGGUUUAUUUGAACAGUAGGAGACAGAAUAACAACAAAAAAAUCCAGAAAAACGCAUGUCAAAAAUGUUAUAAAUUGAUUAGCAUUUUAAUGAGGGAAAUAAGUAUUUGACCCCUCUGCAAAACAUGACUUAGUACUUGGUGGCAAAACCCUUGUUGGUAAUCACAGAGGUCAGAUGUUUCUUGUAGUUGGCCACCAGGUUUGCACACAUCUCAGGAGGGAUUUUGUCCCACUCCUCUUUGCAGAUCUUCUCCAAGUCAUUAAGGUUUCGAGGCUGAGGUUUGGCAACUCGAACCUUCAGCUCCCUCCACAUAUUUUCUAUGGGAUUAAGGUCUGGAGACUGGCUAGGCCUCUCCAGGACCUUAAUGUGCUUCUUCUUGAGCCACUCCUUUGUUGCCUUGGCCGUGUCAUGCUGGAAUAUCCAUCCGCGACCCAUUUUCAAUGCCAAGAUCCUCCCAUGUAGUUCUGGGCUGAUUCCUCACCGUUCUCAUGAUCAUUGCAACUCCACGAGGUGAGAUCUUGCAUGGAGCCCCAGGCCGAGGGAGAUUGACAGUUAUUUUGUGUUUCUUCCAUUUGCGAAUAAUCACACCAACUGUUGUCACCUUCUCACCAAGCUGCUUGGCGAUGGUCUUGUAGCCCAUUCCAGCCUUGUGUAGGUCUACAAUCUUGUCCCUGACAUCCUUGGAGAGCUCUUUGCUCUUGGCCAUGGUGGAGAGUUUGGAAUCUGAUUGAUUGAUUGCUUCUGUGGACAGGUGUCUUUUAUACAGGUAACAAACUGAGAUUAGGAGCACUCCCUUUAAGAGUGUGCUCCUAAUCUCAGCUCGUUACCUGUAUAAAAGACACCUGGGAGCCAGAAAUCAGAGGGGGUAAAAUACUUAUUUCCCUCAUUAAAAUGCAAAUCAAUUUAUAAAUUGUUUGACAUACGUUUUUCUGGAUUUUGUUGUUGUUAUUGUUGUCUCUCACUGUUCAAAUGAACCUACCAUUAAAAUUAUAGACUGAUAAUUUCUUUGUCAGUGGGCAAACGUACAAAAUCAGCAGGGGAUCAAAUACUUUUUUCCCUCACUGUAUGUGUACACACACACUGUUAGUCAGGCAUACACACCCAUAUACCAACACAUAAAAUAGCACACACACGCACACACACAUACGCAACACAUCAAAUCAAAGCAACUAAAAUAUUAUUGGUCACAUACACAUUUCUUAGCAGAUGUUAUUGCGGGUGUAGCGAAAUGCUUGUGUUCCUAGCUCCAACAGUGCAGACUAUCUAACAUUUCACAACAAUACACACAAAUCUAAAAGUAAACAUUGCUCGUCCUAAUAUCUAUAUAAUUCUUAAAUAAUUCCAUUAAGAAUUAUAUAGAUAUUAGGACGCGAAAUGUCGGAGUGGCAUUGACUAAAAUACAGUAGAAUAGAAUACAGUAUAUACAUAUGAGAUGAGUAAAGCAGUAUGUAAACAUUAUUAAAGUGACUAGUGUUCCAUUAUUAAAGUGACCAGUGAUUCCAUGUCUAUUUACAGUGCAUUCGGAAAGUAUUCAGACACCUUUACUUUUUCCACAUUUUGUUACGUUACAGCCUUAUUCUAAAAUUGAUUAAAUAUUUUUUUCCUCAUCAAUCUACACAUAAUACCCCAUAAUGACAAAGUGAAAACAAGUUUUUAGACAUUUUUGCAAAUGUAUUCAAAAUUAAAAACAGAAAUAUCUGAUUUACAUAAUUAUUCAGACCCUUUGCUAUGAGAUUCGAAAUUUAGCUCAGAUGCAUCAUGUUUCCAUUGAUCAUCCUUGAGAUGUUUCUGCAACUUGAUUGGAGUCCACCUGGGCUACAUUUAAUUGAUUGGACAUGAUUUGGAAAGGAAUUUCUGCAGCAUUGAAGGUCCCCAAGAACACAGUGGUCUCCAUCAUUCUUAAAUGGAAGAAGUUUGGAACCACCAAGACUCUUCCUAGAGCUGGCCGUCCGGCCAAACUGAGCAAUCGGGGGAGAAGGGCCUUUGUCAGGGAGGUGACCAAGAACCCGAUGGUCACUCUGACAGAGCUCUAGAGUUCCUCUGUGGAGAUCGGAGAAACUUCCAGAAGGACAACUAUCUCUGCAGCACUCCACCAAUCAGGCCUUCAUGGUAGAGUGGCCAGACGGAAGCCACUCCUCAGUAAAAGGCACAUGACAGCCCACUUGGAGUUUGCCAAAAGGCACCUAAAGGACUCAGACCAUGAGAAACAAGAUUCUCUGGUCUGAUGAAACCAAGAUUGAACUCUUUGGCCUGAAUGCCAAGCGUCACAUCUGGAGGAAACCUGGCACCAUCCCUACGGUGAAGCAUGGUGGUGGCAGCCUCAUGCUGUGGGGAUGUUUUUCAGCGGCAAGGACUGGGAGACUAGUCAGGAUCGAGGGAAAGAUGAACGGAGUAAACUACAGAGAGAUCCUUGAUGAAAACCUGCUCCAGAGUGCUCAGGACCUCAGACUGGGGCGAAUGUCAAGAGGUCUAAAUACUUUCCGAAUGCACUGAAUAUAGGGCAUCAGCUUCUAAGGUGCAGGGUUGAGUAAUAAUCGUGUACACGCACACUGAGUGUUCUAUGUGAUACCAUGUCUGUUGAGGAUUCAAAUAAUCAACAUUACUCAGCUCAUACUUUUCCCUCUGUGUUUCUUCUCUCCCUCUGUGUGUGUGUGAUCGUGGUGGCCCAGCUGUUCACGGCGGCCCUGCCAGAUGGACACAUGCAGUCGUCCUCAGUUGGAGCAUGCCUCUAUCACCUGCAGCCCCGGGACAGAGAGGACUGAGACCACUCACUGCACUGUCCACUGUCAUCGAGGUUUCACCCUCGCUGUUCUCAGUGGCAAGGGCAAUCCACCCUUUCAGGUAAGCACAACACUAGGAUUAGACUAGGGUCUUACCCCAUCAGGUAAGCACAACACUAGGAUUAAACUAGGGUCUUACCCCAUUAGGUAAGCACAACACUAGGAUUAGACUAGGGUCUUACCCCAUCAGGUAAGCACAACACUAGGAUUAGACUAGUGUCUUACCUCAUUAGGUAAGCACAACACUAGGAUUAGACUAGGGUUUUACCCCAUCAGGUAAGCACAACACUAGGAUUAGACUAGGGUCUUACCCCAUCAGGUAAGCACAACACUAGGAUUAGACUAGGGUCUUACCCCAUCAGGUAAGCACAACACUAGGAUUAGACUAGGGUCUUACCCCAUCAGGUAAACACAACUCUAGGAUUAGACUAGGGUCUUACCCCAUUAGGUAAGCACAACACUAGGAUUAGACUAGGGUUUUACCCCAUCAGGUAAGCACAACUCUAGGAUUAGACUAUGGUCUUACCCCAUCAGGUAAACACAACCCUAGAACUUCCAGAAAUCAUUAUAUUUUUAAGAAACUGUGCAUUAUAGAAAUCAUAUAUAAAGUAUAUAUUAUAAGCCCCCUACACUUUAUCCCCCUACACAUCAAUUUGAGAGCAUUUGAAAGUAACAUGAAACAGUACUAGCCUCAAAUGACUGUCGAGAUAUAGAUCGUAGAGGAACUAUUACAAGUAGCAGCAGUAGUAUACAGUAUAUUUGUAUUACUGUAGUAGUAUUCCAUAGCCCAUCAUGACUGUGUAAUGGUAAUUUAUUCAUCUUCCAUUGAAAGCGAGAAACAACGCUUCAGUGUGUAAAUGGAGCAUGGGACCGUGUUGUGAGCUGUCAGCCAAUCGACUGUGGGCCCCCUGACCAGUCUCACGUCUACUUCGCUGUCUUCAGCUGCCCUUGGGGAACAACAUUUCGCAAGCAGUGCUCUUUUACCUGCAAUUCCCCCGCCAUGCUUCAGGGUAUGUAUGGUCAACAGUACAGAUUUAAUGAUACAAAUUUACAUGCAUUGCUUUGUAUUCAUAACAGUUUAUAGGUUUAGAAGAUUAUAGGUCCAUUUAUCAUUUUCAUGAAGUGGAAAGUUGAUAUUCAUUCACUCAUUUACACAACAUGAAUGGCACAUUCUAACAUUUUCUCAGAGAAAUUAACUUGACCAUGAGGCUGUCAUUGCUGUUUUAGUUUUUACCUGAGGGAUCUCAGUCUAUACUCUUAGAAAGAAAGGUGCUAUCUAGAACCUUAAUGGGUUCUUCGGCUUUCCCCAUAGGAGAACCCUUUGAAGAACCCUUUUUGAUUCCAGGUUAAACCCUUUUGGGUUCCAUGUAGAGCUCUUUUCACAGAGGGUUCUACAUGGAACCCAAAAGGGUUGUACCUGAAACCAAAAAGGGUUCUACCUGGAACCAAAAACGGUUCUCCUAUGGGUACAGCUGAAGAACCCUUUUGGAACCCUUUUUUCUACGAGUGUAUUACCUCAUGUUGGUUGGGUACACAGAGGGGCUUGGAGUCUAGCCUGAUGUGGCAUCAUGGCGUAGGAGUGUGUCUGUGUUGCUCUGCUCUAACCUAUUAGAGGUUGUUGUGAGGCGAGGCUGUUCAGCCGGCCCUGGGACUGAGCUGAACAGCUUGGCAGUUGGUCUUGGCUGGCGUCCAGUGGACGGAGGCCCUAGGCUUUGUGUAAAUAGGAAAGUAGCAUGCAGCCAUAGCUGGUUGCUGACAGGUGGGGAUAGGAAAUAAGGCAAACAAGAGAGGGUUUCUAACUCUGGAGUCGCCAGCAGGGCCGACUGGGGCUCAUGCUGGCAAGAACAUGCUGGCUUAGAGCUCGCCUGCCAUUUCAUUUACCUCAGGGCCCUGGCUUCUAGCUUCUACUACAGGGUUUUACUCCUGGCUUCUAGGUUCUACUCCAGGUCUUUUACUCCUGGCUUCUAGCUUCUACUACAGGGUUUUACUCCUGGCUUCUAGGUUCUACUCCAGGUCUUUUACUCCUGGCUUCUAGGUUCUACUACAGGGUUUUACUCCGAGGUCACUCACUCACACGAUCGCUACCCAAAGUUGUUAUUGACAACAUAACGCUUUCUCUUCCGAAGCUUAGAUAGAUGGCAAAUCCCAACAGAGUAUACCAAACAUAACAUUACAUCUACAUUUUAGUCAUUUAGCAGACGCUCUUAUCUAGAGCGACUUAGAGUUAGUGAGUGCAUACUGGCCCCCCGUGGGAAUCGAACCCACAACCCUGGCGUUGCAAGCGCCAUGCUCUACCAACUGAGCUACAGGGGGUGGCUCAAUAUUAGGAACACCUUCCUAAUAUUGAGUUGCCCCCCACCCCCCUCUCACAGGGAUGCUGGCCCAUCCUCAAAUACACUACAAGUUUUACAUUUCCUACACUGCCAGAAUGUUCUCCUGCAACAGGGUGGUCAAAUUAAGAUCCCACAUCUGUAUUGGAUUUUGAUAAUGAUUGCAACACUAGAGCAAAGCUUAAAGACCUUAUAAAACUUUAAACCAUGUCAAAGAUUCAUUACAUUUUAUAGACCAAUAAAAUGAACACAACUUUUAGAGUAUUAUGAUGGCAUAUACAUACCAACAUAACCUUGUGUGGGGGCAUUAGAUAAUUGAGCUUUACGCACCGGCAGGUAUGGACACAUACGGUACAUUUGAUUAUAUUGAAAUCACUAAUAGUCCCCAAACUCACCUUCUCUCUUAGCAAUUGAACAAAGGGACUGAUUCCAGAUGUCAGAUUCAUUAAGAGUGUUAAUAACAAACCUCUACUCAUCAUUACAAUUGUAUUAUAUACAAUUCUGUGUGAGGUUUGAAUUGAUUGUGUGCCUUUAUUUGUCUUGCAGGGGACAGUGAUAGGUUGGUGUGCCUAGGUGAUGGUCUAUGGUCCUUCCCUGAAGCCUACUGUAAGAUAGAGUGCCCAGAACCUCCUACAGUACCCAAUGCCAAGCUCCUAGUGCCCCAGUGCGGUGGUACAGGACAUGAUGUGGGUACCGUAUGCCGUUACAAAUGUAACCCAGGUUACUAUGUUACGGGCAGCCUAAACACAAAGUCAAGAAAGUGAGUAAUGUGUUAUGUAUCACUUUUCUUUUGCUCCAUAAAUGUGUUAUAGAACCGUGUUAAUAGCUGCUAUUUUAUGUAACAAGGAACAAUGAAUGCAUCACAUAUUUCCCCCACGGCUCCUGAGUUUAAAUAGCCCAAUUCGUAGAUUUAAAUGUAUUUUUAGAUCCAUCAACCUUGCGUACCUGUGUACGGUUUCUAAGCAUAGCAACAUAAACCUCCAAUAAAUUCCAUACCAAUGGUUACUUUCCUCAUUACUGUUUUUCAGUUGAAUUAAUUGGGUAACUUCGCCUCAUUAUCGAUGUAAUUCACGUGUUUCUAAUGACAUGGUUUCCCAUUAGUAAGCGGCUGGUGCGAAUUUAUUUCCUCCCUUUGUUGGUAUCAGCAUUAUCCCUUGACUAUUGGGCAAUAUUGUCUGUCAAAGACAAUGUUCUUGAAUCUAGCUGGACCUUCUAAGACUGCUCAACAUGUUCUACAGGACCAACUGCAUGUACAAACUAAUAUGAUAACAGAAUAUUUGCACCUGGACUUCUUUAUGAGUUUUUCAACUCACUUUUAAGAUGUGUGAACGUCUUAAGCACCUCUAAUGAGUUAUUAUUAAUGCAAUGUGCUAAAAUCCAAAAGCACUAUAAAAAUGAGUUUAAAUGAUCUUGUUUAUUAUUACCUUUGACAUGUUUUAAAUUAAAUUUGAAACAACACAAUUGUGUGUGUGUGUGUGCGUGCGUGUGUGCGUAUGUGUGUCUGCAUGUGUGUUGUGUGUGUGUUGCGUCCCCAGGAGGUUUCUGAAGGUGGAGUGUGUAGAGGGGGGACAGUGGGAGGAGGGGGGCUGUGAACCCGUUCCCUGUCCAUCUCUGCUUGCUGUCUUUGAGGGUAUGUACACCUGCACCAAUGGCAGGCACUACAACAGCCUCUGUACCCUCCAGUGUCCCCACGCCUCGGAAAACGUAAGGCUUUAGCUCUCUUUACAUUAAACUAAAGAUGCGAUAUAGGUCCACUGUCUGAGCUUAAACAUCAUCCCAUUCCAUUAAUAAAGGACUAUCUUAUUCAUUCAGUUUUUAUCUCUCCUGACAGCACACGAUUCGCUGUACUAAAGAUGGUAGGUGGACAGAGGAGUUCACCAUGUGUACAAGGUUAGCUGGAGCCUGCCCACCUCUGCAUGAUGUCAAUCAGGUUCAGUUUGCCUGUGACGAGGGCUUCAAUGUUGGUAAGUCUCCUCUCAACUUCUCCAGCUUGAGGACACUCCUCAUUACACUUACAGUAGUACUUUAGUGUAGUAAUGUACUGCAGUGUUUUGUACUGUAGUAAUCCAUAGACUGUCAGUAUUAUUUUAAAGACAUAAUGCAUUGCAUCCUUCUGUUGGUAUUUGUUUGGUCUGAAAGUUUCUACGAUGUAACAGAACGUGUUUUAACAUCUCAUGAUUAUGUAAUACUAUACUUUAAAAUAUAUAUAUAUAUAUAUUUUGCCCCAGACAUAAGUAUUCUUAAUUGUUUAGAUAUUGUGAAUUGUAUUGCGUUGUGUAGCAUCCCAGAAGGCAUUGGAAAAUUAAACAGAGCCAUAGCAGGUAGCAGGUGGUAAAACACUUUGCAAGCCGAACUGCCAAGCUGUUGAACCACAGAUGACUAGUCUCAACUUUUUUUAUUUGCACAUGAAUAAAUUCAACAGAUGCAAAUCAGGGUAGAAGGAAAGCUUACUUUGUAUCACUGCAGGUGCAGUUUGUUACCCAACAUGCAGUGCGGCCUUGCAUGACCCAGUGGUUUUAGACAAUGGCACCACAGCAGACAGCGUCAAGCACUGGAUGCUGCCAGGCAGGGUUCAGGUAAGGUGUUUGACUGACGCAAACGUUGUGACGCUUUUUUAUUUACUGAAUGUUAUUUGCAUUGGCUGAUAUCCCCUUUGUGUAACCUUAGAGCUUCACAAACAGGUCUUUGGCUUGCUGAAAUGAUUCAUUUGGAUGAAUAAUGGACUAAAACAUAUGGUUGUCUCUCCUUCAUAUUGAGCUUUUCCUGCAAAAAAGCUCAAUUUGCAGCUUAUUUUACUGAAUGUAUUAAUAUUAUUCAAUAUAAACAACCAAGUGCAAGCUUCCUGCUUCUUUCCUGCUAAGUUAGGACACUGUUAGCCUCACUGUGAACUCUGUAAUGAUCAAAUGUUUAUUGUGAUUUCUGCAAGAUUUACAUACAUAUGGCAAAUUAUGAUGGUAUAAAGAAUCGGAUGGACCAAAAAAAGUUAUAUGUGACAUCAGAGCUUACUAUUAUAAAUAGGCGCCUUUCAUCAAGAAUCUGUGGAACACGCAAUCAUCACGGUGGAAUGUCAAGGAAUUUCAAUGAUAUGUCAGAGUGAAAUGUACUGUUGUUUUCUUAAGAAGGGCAACCUGCCCAAUAUCAUCUCAAAGGAUCGCUUCGACAUGAACGCUUGUGUAAACAGCCCUAUCAUUUGACCCUCUAUUGCCCUCAAACUGAACUCUGGACCUCGAAGCUGUUCUGCUGCAUUUUUUCAUUGAUCCCCUCAAAUCAGGGACUGAUUUAGACCUGGGACACCAGGUGUGUGCAAUUCAUUAUCAGGUAGAACAGAAAACCAGCAGGCUCCAGACCUCGUAGGGUAAGAGUUGAGUACCCCUGCUCUAUUGGGUGGCCCUUCACUGAGCCAGCAGACCUAACUGCCUUAGGGCCAAAUAGUUUGGCACUGAUUUUGAUAACUUGAGCUGUAUUAUUGGCACGUCAUCGUGAUCCAAGGCAUUAUGUUUGCUUGAAUCUACAUGGGAAUCAUGACUGUAUCCCUUAACCAGACAACUUUUGGGACACAAAGGAGUAUCCUGUUACUCCUACAGUCUUUGUCAGUCAAUCAAUAUGAUUAGUACACUGUCGUUCAAAUUAAGGUAGAAAGAAAAUGCCAAAGACCAUUAUGAGAACUCGAGAUGACAGUGCCAUUUUGGCUGGAUCACUUCAUAACACCAAAUAUGGGCUUGUUGACUAAAUGUUUUUGGAUUGGUCGGAGCAAUAGUGUAAAGAUAGAGCUGGAUGUAAAGUUAGAGAUCUUUAUCAAGUGUAGUCAUUGACAUUUUGUAUCAACAAAAAGAAUGUCCAGUGUACAGACAUACUAUCUCCUGUAAGCCUAGUUUAACUUAAAUUGGUUUAGAUCUAUAGAGCUUGAUGUUGAUAUAGAUACGGAUGACUAAUUACAGCAUCUCAAUUAAUGCUACAUUACAGGACAUCGUCUGCACAGGAAUGAUGAGGUGGCAUCCUGACCCCGAACUCAUCCAAUGUAUCCAGUCAUGUGAGGUGAGUGUUCUAUCAUAGGUAAAAAUGCCACCAGGGAUAGGGGGACAUGUGCCCCCCAAUAUUCAGAACAGAUCAAUUCGUCCUGUAAUGUAACAUUUCUUUAAAAUAAACAAAUACAAAUGUUUUGGUUGGGGGGCACCAGCCAAAACACGUCAGAUAGCAUAUAGCAUAUGAACACAUCAUAAGCAAUGGCAAAAUGUACAGAAACUCGUCCAGUAUACGUUGACGUCAUUUUGGACGGAAGCUAUAGAGAUUGGUAAGAAAUGACACUUCUGUAGCCAAAUAUCUUAUCAAUAUAUUUUUUUAAGUGUUAAAUGACCUGCUAUCCUGGUGCGUUAAUCACUUAUUCAGUUUAAAGCCGUUAUUGUUGCGUUAUUGCCCAUUGGUUGAACUCAAAUUGCUAUAGGGCUGGCCCACGUGGGGGGAAAUGUAGGGAAAAUGGCACAGCACAGCUUCAAGAAAAACAGUCGCUUUCAAACUAGGGAUUUCGUGGCUAAUUGAGGAAAGAUAGUAAUUCUGCUCAUAGAUUAUGCAUGUAUGAACUACACAUUCACAUAUCCAGCACAAAGCAGGAGGUUAAAACAUAUUUAGAAGUCGGCAAAGUUCCAUAGUGUUUCUUUAAAUUGUCUAAUUUUACAAUACCUUGAGAGGUUACUGUAACUUGAAGUUUUACAUUUGCCAGACAUACAUUUACAUUUUUCGGGUUUGUUUUGAACCGCUAAACAUGACUUUACAUUUGAGAAUGAAUUUAGAAGAGAACAGAAUUAGUGAGCGAGCUCUGAGGAAGUCCCAAUCAGGAAGUGAUAAUGUGUGCCCUUGAGCAAGGCAGUUAACCCCGAACAACAACUGCUCCCCGGGCGCCAUCGGACGUCGAUUAAGGCAGCCCCCCGCACCUCUCUGAUUCAGAGGGGUUGGGUUAAAUGCCGAAGACACAUUUCGGUUGAAUGCAUUCAGUUGUGCAACUUACUAGGUAUCCCCUUUCCUUUCCCUUCCCAAAACAUGAACGGUUUGUGCUAUGGAAUUUUUUUGUUUGUUGUUUCUUUCACUUAGCAUUAAACUUGGCCAGUCGGCUCUCUCUCCGAGUGUAACCCCUUCCUUCACUCUAACAGGAUGUUUAGGUUUAAUCUAUAACCAUGUGUGGCUUUUAAGUUGAAAGACUGUUUUCGUGGGGUAUCUCCACCCUUGGUGUUGCUAAUGAUGAACUUAGUCCACAUUUGUUCUGGUAUUGUCAAACGUACUGAGUCAUCCUGGAAACAAUUGCAUUGUGUUAAUUUCUGUUUCUUCAAAAUAUUUUUGUGUGAAUGGAAACAGUUGUGUGGAAUAGAAUCCCAAAAUAACCCCCUUUCGACAGAAGCCAGGAAAAUGAGUAAACAGCCAGGUUGUCUAUCUGACAGUUGAUAUAUUUAUUCGCUGCUGUAACUCAAAUAGCUCAGCAAGCAACUAGUCUACUGUAGGAAUUACAGCAUACUAAAACAAUGGAUUUUUCAAAAGAGAAAACACCAUGGUUUUGGAGAAAAGUCGGCCUCCCCUCCAAAGUCUGCUCGUGCAGACACGGCACCAUUAACACCUGUCGUGACGUGACUUACUUUAAUGUAUGACUGUUAUUUAUCGAAUCCCCUAACUAUGAUUAAUUGUCACUCGAUUAAAUUAAUCAUGUAACAAUUAACUCAUUAGGAAUUUGGGGCACCACGGAAGAAGUUGUUUAACGAGUUACCAUCUCCCGAAUUAAACUCUUAGAAGAUAUAUACAGUUGAAGUCGGAAGUUUACAUAGACUUAGGUUGGAGUCACUAAAACUCGUUUUUCAACCACUCCACAAAUGUCUUGUUAACAAAGUAUAGUUUUGGCAAGUCGGUUAGGACAUCUACUUUGUGCAUGACACAAGUAAUUUUUCCAACAAUUGUUUACAGACAGAUUAUUUUACUUAUAAUUCACUGUAUCACAAUUUCAGUGGGUCAGAAGAUUACAUACACUAAGUUGACUGUGCCUUUAAACAGUUUGGAAAAUUCUAGAAAAUGAUGUCAUGGCUUUAGAAGCUUCUGAUAGGCUAAUUGACAUCAUUUGAGUCAAUUGGAGGUGUACCUGUGGAUGUAUUUCAAGGCAUACCUUCAAACUCAGUGCCUCUUUGAUUGACAUCAUGGGAAAAUCUAAAGAGAUGAGCCAAGACCUCAGAACAAAAUCUGAGUCUGGUUCAUCCUUGGGAGCAAUUUCCAAACGACUGAAGGUACCACUUUCAUCUGUACAAACAAUAGUACGCAAGUAUAAACACCAUGGGACCACGCAGCCAUCAUACCGUUCAGGAAGGAGACGCAUUCUGUCUCCUAGAGGUUAACGUACUUUGGUGCGAAAAGUGCAAAUCAAUCCCAGAACAACAGCAAAGGACCUUGUGAAGAUGCUGGAGGAAACAGGUACAAAAGUAUCUAUAUCCACAGUAAAAUGUGUCCUAUAUCGACAUAACCUGAAAGGCCGCUCAGCAAGGAAGAAGCCACUGCUCCAAAACCAUCAUAAAAAAGCCAGACUACGUUUGCAAAUGCACAUGGGGACAAAGAUCAUACUUUUUGGAGAAAUGUCCUCUGGUCUGAUGAAACAAAAAUAGAACUGUUUGGCCAUAAUGACCAUUCCCUGUAGCUCAGUUGGUAGAGCAUGGCUCUUGCAACGCCAGGGUUGUGGGUUCGUUUCCCACGGGGGGGGGGGGGGGGGGGGGGGGGGGGGGGCAGUAUGAAAAUGUAAAAUGUUAUGUUUGGAGGAAAAAGGGGUAGGCUUACAAGCCGAAGAACACCAUCCCAACCGUGAAGCAUGGGGUGGCAGCAUCAUGCUGUGGGGGUGUUUUGCUGCAGGAGGUUCUGGUGCACUUCACAAAAUAGAUGGCAUCAUGAGGAAGGAAAAAUAUGUGGAUAUAUUGAAGCAACAUCUCAAGACAUCAGUCAGGAAGUUAAAGCUUGGUCGCCAAAUGUGUCUUCCAAAUGGACAAUGACCCCAAGCAUACUUCCAAAGUUGUGGCAAAAAAGCUUAAGGACAACAAAGUCAAGGUAUUGGAGUGGCCAUCACAAAGCCCUGACCUCAAGCCUAUAGAACAUUUGUGGGUAGAACUGAAAAAGCGUGUGAGAGUACAAACCUGGCCUACAAACCUGACUCAGUUACACCAGCUCUGUCAGGAGGAAUGGGCCAAAAUUCACCCAAUUUAUUGUGGGAAGCUUGUGGAAGGCUACCUGAAAUGUUUGACCCAAGUUAAACAAUUUAAAGGCAAUGCUACCAAAUACUAAUUGAGUGUAUGUAAACUUCUGACCCACAGGGAAUGUGAUGAAAUAAAUAAAAGCUGAAAUAAAUCAUUCUCUCUACUAUUAUUCUGACAUUUCACAUUCUUAAAAUAAAGUGGUGAUCCUAACUGACCGAAGACAGGGAAUUUUUACUAAGAUUAAAUGUCAGGAAUUGUGAAGAACUGAGUUUAAAUGUAUUCGGCUAAGGUGUAUGUAAACUUCCGACUUCAACUGUAUGUUAUAUAUCGAUAACAGUCACUUAUCAAAUAAUUACCUCUUAUCAGUCUCAUUCUGAACGUCGCAUAAUCCUUGAACCUGCAAUAACCCUAACCUCAUUGAUGAAUCAGCAAUACACAAAUUGGCUUAAUUAUUUAUUUACUAACUAACUAAAUAAUAACACAAUACAACACAGGUUAUUGAUUACUACAGAGGACCACAUAGCUUGGCUCCUGGACUCUGUCCAUGCAUUUCAAGGCUAUAUUGAAACAAUGACUUAUCAAUUGACCCAAGACCAUAAAUAAAUCUGGUGCAACCAAUUACCUUCACGUCUGCUGGUCUUGUAGAGUAUCAACCAUUUUAAGCCGUGGGCUUCCUGGUCUGAGGUGAAUUUCGUCACAAGGCUUUUUAUGCACUCAGGGUAAAAUGGGCGAUCCAUCAUGUUUGUACUCAUCUGGGCGUGGCCACUGACUGAGAACAAAUCAAUAUGGAAAACAAUCAUCUCAUCUAGAAUGCUAAAAUCACAUUGUUAUCUUCACAAAAGUAUUAUUAUACUUAAUCAUUUGUUUUAUACAACAAUUAGAUGCAAACCUCAUAAAUGGAAAGUGUACACCCCCAGAGAUACAGUUCUGUUGUUCCACCGUCUUUAAUGACAUCACAACAUAGUAACGAAUUUGACAUGAUUGUUCUUUAAGUCCCCACCAACCAUUUCUCACAUUCUUUUAAGUAGGAAUAUUGUUUCAUUAUCCACUUUUGGAUGUUGGAGUCUUGGCGGGAAGACUUCCUUUGUCUCACAGGGAAAUUCCCUCACCCAAUACUGCAUGGCACGGAAAAUAAAGUUUCUGCAAAGAAUUUACGACCGGUCAUAAAACUGGCCCCCAGGAAAGGGGGUAUUCAAACCUUUGCCUAGCCAGCAUCUUUGAUCCUCAGACCAUGAGGGCAAGUCAUGACACACCUUUAAACUUGGUACAUUAAACUGACACCGUAAUCCAGCAGACAUCAGAGUUCCAAGUAUGUUCUAAGAGGGGGUACUAUUAAAUUUACUGACAGUUUACACAGGGCCCUUAGAAGUGGGGAGGUCUCUCUCUGCCUUAUUUCCCAGAUUCCUGGAGCACUCUGUGGAAGUCCGAUCCAUCAGUCUGAUCUACGACCCCUUAUCACCUUUUAAAUUCCAUUAAUGGCAGCUUUAUCAAAUAAAAAACAAUCACUCACAAGUGGAAAAGUCAUGCCUCUUUCUUACGUUAUUGAGAACAUUUGGGUGAUAAGAAAGGUGUGGGGAAAUGUUGAUAGAAAUGGGCAUUUGGACGAGUCAAGCAAGUGUGUCUGCUUUGAAUUUAUUUUACAGAAAGCAUGGGUGUUCAUACUGUUGAUGUUACAGUAUUUGUUAUUGUCUUGAUUUAUACCAAAAGGGGUCAAGUUAGUGAUGUUAGAUCAUUAAAGGACUUUUAAGAUUUAAAUAGUCUAACUGAUUUUACUUAUUUAACCAAUGUUAAAGGGUCAUGUUAAAGAUACAUUACAACCAGAAGCAAAAAUAUACUACUUUCACAUGUUUAGAAGUUGUUACAAAUUUUGCCAACGAGUCUGUUUUAAUUACCGCCCAAAGUAGCUUUGGCAGCUUUGAAAGGCAAGGAAAAUGAUUUUGGAGUGGGGGCUAGCUUUGAGCAGGGGAGAAACUCUGCAGAAAUCUCCCCAGCAGCUGCCAUUCUACUGUGAUGUGGAUUCAGGUACAACCUGGAGUGUUUGAAAUGACUCCAUCGGCCCGGGGAAAGCCAGAAGUAUCUUUGGCAGUCACCUCUUAUUUUCUUAUUUUUGGCAUAGCAACUUUAAGGUUAAGUUAAAAAACGUUAAAGGCUUUCAUUAUGACGCAUUUAAGAUUUUUAUGUAACAUAAAUUUGUCAAUUGCGUGCCAUAGCCGAGUUAGACAGAACUCCCCAAAGUACAGCAAGAAUUGUUAAACGCAGUACCCUAUUCCUGUCUCACAGGCAAAAAAAUAUUGAAUCACAGCUCUGAGAGGUAAGGGAUCAGCUCUUUACUAGGUGUUAAUGAAUUACAUGAAAAGGCAAUGGUAUCCACUAUUGGCACUUCCCAAUGUGGGUGUGGUUGAAUUCUGUUGAUGUUGACGCCUGCAAGUAGGAAGUUGCCUCAUUGUUUUUGAUGAUGUCAUAUUUUGGAUGCUACCUUUAAUAAGAGUUCCUUUUUUCCCAGCCCUUUGGGGGAGAUGGUUGGUGUGACACCAUCAACAACCGGGCCUACUGCGAGUAUGAUGGAGGGGACUGCUGUCCAUCCACCAUCUCAACCAGAAAGGUAAAUUAACCUAUUUUCAUCGUCCCCCCAUACCCUUCCCUAAAUAAACCUGCUUUUUCUUAUACUUCAUUUUACAUUUACAUUUUAGUAAUUUAGCAGAUGCUCUUAUCCAGAGCAACUUACAAUUAGUGCAUUCAUCUUAAGAUAGCUAGGUGGGACAACCACAUAUCACAGGCAUAGAAAGUACAUUUUUCCUUAAUAUCGUAGCUAUCAGUAAUCAGAGCUAGAAGAGGAGGGGGGUCAAGCGCAAGUGCUGGUAUUUUUUUUGUUGUGGGGGGGGGGGGUUGGGGUCGAGGUGAGGAGGAGGAUUUUUUAAGAUACUGUUUGAAGAGGUAGGGUUUCAGAUGUUUUUGGAAGAUGGGCAGGGACUCUCACUUCCAUGUGAGAGUCAGUCUACUGCGGUGGGGAUGUUUUCCUCCCACAUACCUGCUAUUUUGCUUACUGUAUAAUCAUGGUCCCUAUUCAUUCCUGGGAGUCUGCUGCAGCCCGCUAACUGGAGGUCAUUAGUCUCUCUAAUGUCCAUAGCUCAUGGCGGUAGCACGGCUAGCCCCGGUUCCCCCUUGAAUACAGUUUUUGCCUAUUGCUUACACACUUUUUGCAGAAUUUGGCUCAUUAUGUCAAAACUCAACACACAAGCCAAUCAGACAUAGCACUUGGAGAUUAACAACUCACAUAUAUGCCAAAAUGAAACACUGCAAUCAAAACUUAACACUCCUUUCUAAAAAUGAAAUUCUUGCAAAAAAAACAUACACACAAGCAACAUUUGAAUUACUCUUUCAUAUCACUAGCAACACACUGAUGGGCUUUAUAUAAAACACGGCAGUCUUUGUGUUUCUAUUUUUAUUGUCAUUUUAUUGUCAUUGUCUUCUGUAAAACUCAAAAGUAGAAUUUCUGCAGUAAUCAAACAAUAUUUACAAAAAGUUUUUACAAAAAAACAAACAUUCUUACAGAAAUUCUUAACAUCAAAUUUAGCAACAAAACAAAAGUAAAAAAACAAGACAAUUACUGGAUAAAUUGCUAUUGGGGGAAAAAACAUAUACUUGUUUUGUGUGUGUGUGCGUGUGUGUGGUGGGGGGCGGGGGGGCUUAUGGAUCACGCCUUCUGUUCGGAUCUGGCCACAAGACCUCGUCAACAUCACAGGCGAUGUCCUCGCGGGCUAGGCAUCGGGGAAAAUAUCGCCUUGUGUGCGGAAUCCACCCUUGGAUUGAUCCCACCUCAAUGUCUCCACAUGCCUCUUCCAUUGCUUGCAGAAGAGUCAUGCGGGCAUGUGGUUGCCGAUCAUAUACUUUCCACCGCCACGCUGAAAAGAAUUCCUCGAUUGCAUUUAGAAAGGGGCUGUAAGGGGGCAGGUAUAAAACUGUGAAAUGAUUAUGGUUGUUGAACCAAUCUCGGACCAGAGCAGCCCGGUGGAAACUAACAUUAUCCCAGAUGACAACAAACCUGGGCUGCUGUAAUCUGUCCUGCACAACUGCAUGUAGUGCAUCUAGAAAUGCAAUGACCUUUCCUGUAUUGUAGGGACCUAGAGUGGCAUGAUCCUUGGACACUAAUUGCAGCACACAAGGUGAUAUUUCCCCCACGCUGCCCAGGGACAUUUACAACAGCCCUUUGUCCAACUACGUUACGGCCCCGACGCCUGGUUUUGGCCAGAUUGAAUCCUGCCUCAUCCACGUAGAUGAACUCAUGCGGCAGUUCGACGGCAUCAAACUCCAGAACUGUCUGUAACAGAAAAUAUUGAAUAGUGUUACUGAAAACACAUACAGUAACUACAAUGUCUAUAUUUUCACACAAGCAGGGGCUGGGUUGGGUGAGUAUUGACAAAAACUACAAGCUACAGGCAGGGCAGGUGGCAGCAUAAACCCUCAUUCCCACAUCACAAUAUAUAGUAUGUAAAGUAAAGUGACACAUACCUGCACAUAAUCAUGGCGCAGAUCCUUGACCCUGACACUGUUCCUCUCAAAUGACACCCUGUACAGCUGCUUCAUUCUGAAGUUAUGUUUCUGUAUGAUGCGACUUAGUGUAGAAAUGCUGACCCUGUUGAUAUUGUUGAAUUCAUUUCCAUUUGCAAUUAUGCGUUGUUGCAACUCACGAAGUCAGAUUGCAUUAUUUUCUCGCACCAUUUCAAUGAUGGCAAGCUCUUGUUGUUGAGUGAAGAGCCGUUCCCUUCCACCUUGAGGAGGUCGUCCAACCAUUAUGUAGAAAAUGCCACCACAAGAUGUCAUUGGUUAGGUUAUUUUUCACAUACUGUACUUUCAAACUGUACACAGUACUGCAACAUCACAAUGGUAUUCCUUUACAUAUACAGUACUUCACAGCACUACCCAUUUUUGUAUAGUAUAGUUAGUACAGUAAUACUGUAAUAUGAUACAGAAUCAUGUGACACAUACAGUAGGUACAGUCUGGAGUAGAAACUUGAAGAUAUACCUGUUCUCCAGUCGGAAUGUCCUUAUUAUCGAUGCUACUGUAUAGCGACUGAGGUUAGGGUGGACUCUUUGCCCAGCCUCCCUCAUGGACAGGCCAUGAUUUAUCACAUGGUCCACCAGAGUAGCCCUGAUGUCAUCUGAUAUACGUCUCCGCACUGGUCCUCGUCCUCUUCCACGUCCUCUUCCACAUCCGACUCCUCUCUCUCUUUGUCCUCCUCUUACUCUGACUCUUAUUGCCUCCAUGCUUGCAAAGUUCUAAAAAUUGCUUACCUGAGGCCUAUUUGUAGUGCUAAGGCUCAGACUGAUUGGUGUUCUGUUUUCUGUGCAAGUGUUUUCAGGUGUGUAUGUAAGUGCAUACAAUUGCCAGAUGAGUUUUGCAUUUUGAACAGAGUGUUUUCCCAAUGAUAACAGGUGAUUUCAUUUUUGAACAAAGUGUCUAAUGUAAGAAAACGUGUGUAGUGUUUCGCAAUAAGUGUGUUACAGAAUUGCAAACAAAGUGCAAAGUUGACAUUGUGUUUAAGCUAUGGUUACACUGUGUUUAAGGUAUGCUACAAGAAGUUUAGGUAUUGAGGCUUUGGUCUAAGCAUUCGGUUUUAGUGUGUAAGCAAUGGGCAAAAACUGUAAGUAAGCUCAGCAAUGGAGUGCCUGUCAUAAAUACAUCAGCAGCUACAUAGUCUUUUAUGAGGGGAAGGCCAGGUGUCCGUGGUCUUCUGCAACUGUAAAACACCAGUUAAACUAUCAGGCUCUGAGAAAGUGAAAUAAACCGUGAGCGACAGCAUCCUGCCACUGUGGAUCCAGCGGAACUGUGGAGCACUGGUGUUUAUGCAGCCCAUGGAAACGCCUCUGGUCUCCAAGGCACUUCUCCGAUUGGCCACUUUGAUUUGUAGAGUCUGGUUUUGGGACCAAGGUCCAAGCUGGCAGCAGAAGACUUGGACAGUAGACUAGGAAGUCAACUCAGUCCACUCACUUCCAGUUGAAGCAUAGACGUGUAAUGAGCCUCGAUGUGCUCUACAUUUUUGUACAGUGCAAUUCAUUCAUUCAAUUAAUUAGUUAUCUAAAACACAUUUUAUUCCAUUUUCAAAGCAGUUUUGAGAAGUCAUGAUAAACACUGGUUAGCAACUACUCAGAAGUACAUACAAAACAGUCCAAGAUUUGGCUUUUGUUUGACGCAAGCAGGAAAAACAUCCAGCCCGUGUUGUCCAGAGGUUGUUAGAACAAAGCAAAAGCAGCAGAGUAUAGUUUAGUCCCAAAUGACACCCUAUUCCCUACAUAGUGCACUAUAUAAUUUGGCUCACCACUGCCUCCAUCAAUGAACCAACAUAGGGCUUAGGAAACACUUUGUUGCCAAACAAACACACAUUUAAUGGGAGAGAGCAGUCUCUGAUCUGUGUUUCUCUUCUUAACCUUCUGGAACAGUUGCUAAGUCUUCAAUAAAACUAUUACCUCCAUUAAACAUCAGUGAAAUCAAUGCUAGGCAAGCCUUGGCAUUUAGCUAGCCUCUCAUGUUUACAUUUCUUGCAACAGACUGCUUUGCAGGGCAUCUGAGUUUAUUUUGCAACCUGUGGUGAUGGCUUGCUUCCUAGACAAGACCUGGCAACCCUGUUGUUGAUUCUUAACAUGUGUUCAUCCGUUCACCUCUGUGGUGCAUUCCCUCCCCCGAUACUCAAGGUUUCUCACCGUUGAGUCCAUGGUGAACCAUUUGACAUCACUCCCUUCAUUUAUCUCUCUGGAGACAUUUGUUUCUCUUUGAAAUUAUGAAGAAAUGAAACGUGUAGAGCUCACACAUAUAAUACUAUGCAAACUAUUGGAUAGGUAGGACAAACAACUGGCUUCUUAUGGGCAUAGUUUGAAGUUUAUUGCAUUGUUAAACGUAUGCUAUUACCUUGUGUAUGUAUUGGUUAAGUUGGGGAAAUUACCCCUGGUUGUGAUUUUAUUGUCUCUUGAGAUUUGUUUUGUUUCUAAUCCCCUGGUUACUUGACUGAUUGACAGGUCAUUCCGUUUGGGGCCGACUGUGAUCAGGAUGAAUGCACUUGCCGUGAUCCAAACGCGGAGGAGAACAAGAGCAAAGCCAAAUACUUGGAAGCAGGACUGUUAUGAAUGAUGGAUCGUUAUGUGCGAACAGGGCCAAGGCUGGCUCACAAUGAAACAACAACAGAUGAACUUUACCCCUUAACAUGAUAUAUUUCAAUUUUGUUUUCCUAUUAGGGAGCAAUGAAGGUAAUCUCUUCUUAGACAAAAAUAAAAACUGUGUUUCAAUAUUGUAGCUUUUAGGAUUCCAACACAAUAACUAAUCUGUAAAGACGACUAACUUGUAUAGAAUAAUAUAUUUGGGCAAUCUCUAAUUUCAUAGAUGUAGUUACAGAGGACUACAGUAUUAUAACAUCAUAUCACAUAAUACACAUUUAUGCAUAUCAUAGGUACCUAACUUAACACUUUCUGCUUAGAGAGUUAUUGUUAGAUGUAGCAGUUCUCAAGAAAUAUUCCAUACAGAUUUUGUGUAAUCUUGUUAUGUGUGAUAUUACACUGUAAUUUACACUUGAUGUUGAAUAAACCGUAAAUUUGUCUGACACUG